GUUCGGUUUGGCUUUCCUGGUGGCUUGACAGCUGUCACCGUACGCCGAGGUCAAGGGGAAAGAAGCAUGGCUGCGUUGUUUAGAGGGUCGCGAAAUUUAUUGCUAGGGUGGAAUAAGCAUGUCGGCCUUACCCUUGUGUCAUCACGAUCGAUGGCCUCAAAAACACCAGUGGGGUUUGUUGGUCUGGGAAACAUGGGAAGUCCAAUGGCCAGAAACCUCUUAAAAAACGGUUAUCCUGUUAUUGCCACUGAUGUCUUCCCUGAGUCUUGCAAGGAGCUGCAGGAAACUGGUGCUCAGGUAGUCGACUCUCCAGCAGAGGUGGCAGAGAAAGCAGACCGCAUCAUCACAAUGCUUCCCUCCAGUCCAAAUGUCAUAGAGGUCUACACUGGCCCAAACGGCAUUCUCAAGAAGGUGAAAAAGGGAACACUGUUGAUUGACUCUUCGACCAUCGACCCCUCCGUCUCAAAAGAAAUGGCGGUUGCUGCUGAGAAGAUGGGAGCUGUUUUCAUGGAUGCUCCAGUGUCAGGAGGGGUCGGGGCUGCCAGCCUGGCCAAACUAACCUUCAUGGUGGGUGGAGUGGAGGAGGAAUACCACGCUGCACAGGAGCUGCUCACCUGCAUGGGAGCCAAUGUGGUGUACUGUGGACAAGUUGGCACAGGACAGGCGGCUAAAAUCUGCAACAACAUGCUCCUGGCCAUUGGGAUGAUAGGCACCGCAGAGACUAUGAACCUUGGAAUCAGACUGGGUUUGGACCCCAAGCUGCUAGCAAAGAUCCUAAACAUGUCCUCAGGUCGUUGCUGGUCCAGCGACACGUACAAUCCCGUCCCCGGAGUCAUGGAGGGAGUCCCCUCUGCCAACAACUACCAGGGCGGCUUUGGAACCACACUAAUGGCCAAGGAUCUUGGUUUGGCUCAAAACACCGCCACCAACACUAAGACUCCCAUCCCUCUGGGCUCUCUCGCCCACCAGAUCUUCAGAGUCAUGUGUUCCCGCGGCUACGCUAACAAGGACUUCUCAUCCGUCUUCCAAUUCCUACGCGAGGAGGAAGGCCAGUAAAUGGAGAGGGAGCACAGUGGACUGUGAUGUUACCAUAUAUUCACACACACACACACACACACACACACACACACACACACACACACACACACACACACACACACACAUAUACACAUAUACACAUAUACACAUAUACACAUAUACAUACAUACACACCCCAGUGCCCCUUAUCCCACUAUGCUCAGGAGAGACUUAGGCCUUGCCCUCAGGCACAGAUCUGCGGUCCAAUUAACAUACUGUAUGUUGACACGUGUCCCCUCUUCGCAUUCACUGAAUCAUAUUAACAAUCCUCGGCUCACCCUCUGCAUGGUGGAAUCGCUAAAACUGACCUUAGAUCAGUACCUAGAGACAAAGCCAACGCUCUUCCCAGUCUGGGAAAUGAGAGGUAGGAUGAGGCGCUGCUCGUGUAAUAUUGCAAACAAUAUGUGGUUUUCAGAAUGAUUGAUGAGUAAUAAGUGCAUGAUUGUUCAAAGUUUAGGUACGCUUCUGUCGGGUUUGCGCUUUUUGCCUAUUACCCCAUACAAGCCAGAUCUGUCCCAGUCCAAUGAAAGAGGGCAGAGGAGAAAAACACAAGCUGCAGUAAGGGUUCAUGUUGUGAUAAAGUGUCAUUGAGGAGAUAAGUGCAAGAGAGUGCAGAGUAUAGGUUAAUGUUUUUACUGGAUAAACAGAGUCCACGUUCAUAGCACUACAUUUAAGGUAACCAAAACUGGCCACACUGUUGGCUCAAUGUUUACUUGUUUUGUUGCGUUUUUGUUUUUUUGCUGGAAGCUGUUAUUCAGUAAUCCUGCCAACAUCCUCAUUUUUAUUUGUUCAUUCCAUUUUUCAAACAUCUAGUACAUUAUUUACCUCAAUGAAAACACAACAGUUACACUAUUAUUUUGGGCAUGGUACAUUGAACAUCAUUUCAGUCACUUCUCACUGGAUCGCCCAGUUCUGCUUGUUUAAAUACUGUGAUAUAUUUUUCAGGCAUUUUUUAAACUGAGUGCGUCGCAGCGCGAUGUGCUGGGAAAUUUUGAUACCGUUACAGAAUCUGUUUGAACUUACCUCUCUUCUCUACCGUCGACAGCUGCUUAUUGAGCCACUGGAGUAUUAUUUUAUGACCAACACUGUUUAAAUUUUAUACUCUUCACUACAAACUGUUGUUCUCACUGUCUAGCACUUUCUCUCGCCAUCUUUUACUUAAACUAAAGUCUAUCCUCAGAAACUUCUCCUCUCUCACGCUGUCUCUCUCUCUCAGCUUGCUCAUCAUCUGUUUAAAAUGUGUAUUGGGGGGAGAACAGCUCCUCCCCGCUCUGAGCAAAUGUACAUAAUGUAUAUUUCAUAUUGUUGUGUAGAAUUGAAGAGGACUCUAAAUGGACUGUCUUUUUUUUUUUUUUUUAGUAAAAUUCAUUACUAGUGUCUACAGUUUGUCUUUGCUCUUUGAAACAGAUCCUCAGUCAUGCUGUAGCCCACAAUAAAAUAUGUUCUGUGUA